AUGGUGAGGAUUUCGACAGAGCUAACCGAUCUGAUAGGUCUAGUAAAGAAAUUGCGUAUGGAAAAAGACAUCAGGGAGCUACAUAACAAGCUAGACAAAGUGCUUGUGGCUACACAAAAGCCAAUUCACUUUGUAGGUGAGUUUGAUGAGCAAGGGCCAAGCUUUGACAAUGUGAAUAAGGAUGGUCUCACACAAGAAGAGAUCAACUAUAUUGCGAACCAACAAAGUGGGAAAGAGUUACAAGCCCCUAAACCUAAUGAGCAGAUCGGUGGGGGGGUAGCCUCAAGUGAUGAGCAGAUCGGUGGGGGGGUAGCCUCAAGUGAUGAGCAAAAGAAUGAGGAUUUAAAAAGGGAACCGGCUAAAGAAAAAGCUAAAGAGGUGGAGAAGGCACCUGAGCUUGAAAAGCCAUACGUUCCACCACCUCCCUAUCAGCCUAAGAUAACAUUUCCAGGGCGGUUCAAAAAGAAAAUCUUAGAUAAAGCCAAAGCAGUUUUUGAAAAGCACUUAGAGAAUACUCAGAUGACAUUGCCGAUUGUAGAAGCUUUCCUAAUGAUUCCUCAGCUUGGGAAGUUUCUAAAAGACGCAAUACUUAACAAGACGAAGGAGCUUCAAAGCACGGUCAUCUUGAGUCAUGAGUGCAGUGCCAUCAUUCAAAGAAGAUCAGUGCCAAGAAAGCUUUCAGACCCUGGCAGUUUCACUUUGCCAUGUGCAAUCGGUCCAUUGAAGUUUUCAAGCUAUCUAUGUGACUUGGGAGCUUCUGUGAGCUUAAUGCCUUAUUCAGUUGCUAAAAGACUUGGGUUCAAGAGCUAUAAACCGGCAAAGAUCUCCCUUAUUCUAGCUGAUAGAUCAUCGAGGUUACGAUAG